CGAACACAUGGCGCGGGCAGCUGAUGGGGGCUCUCUCCCGCUCUCACUCAACAUAUGUGUGUAUGCCGCUUUCUUUGCAGUUUUCGUACCACCGCACAGGCAUACAUACAAACGCUAAGUGAAUAUAUCGUGCUGCAAAGUACAGUCGCCGCUAAUGGUGAAAAAUGGCUGUGCGAAAAAGGCGGCGGAAAAGAGAGGAGCGGAGAGAGCGAGUCGGGUUGGGGUGGCAACUUCAACUCCGCCGGCUGCACUUGGCAACAAGUCGGCAGUCCACAGCGACUCCAAUUGAGGGUCAAGGUCAGCGCUCGCGCAUCAGCUGCUGCGCAUGUGUGACGAUCACGAUGGCUGGGUGCGCAGGAGGAGGGGCGGGGGAAGACUCCGCGAAAGCUGCACUCCGAGUCUCUGGAGCCGCAUGGCAAGAAGAAGAGCGGUUGGCAAAAGCUGUUUCGGCGGUUCGCAAGCCGGUUUAACCUCUUUUUCGCUGUUUCACUGUAUUUCAUUGCGGGGCGUAUAAAAUAAUCGCUGCUCUUACUUAGGCCUACGAGGGGCGGUGUAGAUGUUCUGGAAACACUCACCACAUGUUUCGGUUAGCUUUUUUCAAUGGAAGCUAUCGUCAAUGCCCAGAGCAAAACGCUCGCCAAGUUGGUCAGACAGAUGAGGGAUGGCUGCAAAAAGGACGAGGAGCCCAAGGAAUGUACCCUCUGCGGCCUGAAUCCUUGCCUGAAGUGCCUGCAGCCCGACAUACUUUAUCACCUGGGACUUGACACAGAGACCACCGACUUCCCCAAGGUUUUCGGGGAUGUGCGGUUUGUUUGCAUGGGAGGAACCCCGGGACGGAUGGAGAACUUUGCCUACUACGUGAUGCAGGAGAUUGGGCUGAAGAUUAAUGCGGCCACCAAACUAAGGGACAUGGCGGAGGCGGGCAAGCGAUUCUCCCUGUUCAAGGUGGGCCCUGUGCUCUGCGCCAGCCACGGAAUGGGCUGUCCCUCGAUCUCCAUCCUGCUGCACGAGCUUAUCAAGAUGAUGUACCACGCCAAGUGCAAGGACCCCGUCUUCAUUAGGAUUGGCACCUGUGGGGGUAUAGGCGUCGAUCCCGGAACUGUUGUCAUCUCCUCCGAAGCGGUCGAUGGUCGACUGAAUCCCGCUCACGAGAUCCUGGUGCACGGCAUCAGUGUCCAGCAUGCCAGCCAGCUAGACGAGGGACUGGCCGAUGAAAUCAAGAUGUGCCACGAUCCGGAUAAGGACAAUUUCGAUACCGUGAUAGGGAGGACACUGUGUGCCCACGAUUUCUACGAGGGCCAAUCCCGAUUGGACGGCGCCUUUUGCGAAUACACGCUCGAAAAUAAGCAGACCUACUUGGAGCAUCUGCAGAGCCAGCAGGUGAAGAACAUCGAGAUGGAGAGUCUGGCCUUUGCCGCCCUCACCAGUCGGGCCAACAUCAGGGGAGCAGUCGUCUGCGUUGCCAUUCUAAAUCGCCUCAAUGGAGAUCAGAUCAAAACUCCUCAUGAGAUUUUGGCCAAAUGGGAAAAACGACCUCAGGAACUGGUGGCUCGAUAUAUACGCAAGACUCUUUACUUUAACGAAAAUGACAACUUGUCGGAGGAACCCGAGGAUGAGACCGAUAAAAGAGCUUCUCAGGGUGCAGCUGGAGACACACAAAAAGCACCUGCAGAGGAGGCUGAAUAAUAAUCCUGUAUCCUAAGUAAAAAUUUCGUUUCGACGUGAUAGUAAAUAUAUUGAAAGUUUUUCUAAACGA